UGACAGUACAUGAAAUCUUCUUCUAUUUGAUUUAUAAUAAUAUCCUUCAAUGGAAUGAUUUUAUCAGACCGUCCAAUUUGGCAAAAACGGAUAUCUGAAGCACUGAAUAUUUCAUACGAACGCGUUCAUCAUAUAGUUCACGUCAAUUUGGACAUGAGAAAAAUUUCUGCAAAAUGGAUCCCGAAAUGGUAGAGGCAAGGGUAGAAGCAUCGCAUUCGAUCUGUGCUCGAUUUGAAAACGAUGUAGACUUCUUAAACCAAAUUGUUACUAAGGAUGAGACUUGGGUACAUUUCUACAAUCCAAAAACAAAGCAACAAUCAAUGGAAUGGCGACACUUUGGUUCUCCAAGACCUAAGAAGUUUCGUGACCAAAAAUCUGCUGAAACAGUUCUUGCUUCAGUUGUUUGGGAUUGCCAUGGAGUAAUCAUGAUUGAUUUUUUGGAUAAAGAAAUGGAUCAAACAACGCAAGUUAACUUUCCGGUUGUUGUUAAAUACGACAAACGAAAAAUAUGGAGACAUAACACUUCGACAGAUUUAUAUUCAACACUCCCUUCUUUGAAAAAUGUGUCUUCAAAUGAUUCUUGGAGUCAGUUAAAGCCAUUAUCGCAUAGACCUAAAUCGUUAAAUGUACCUUCAGGAUUAAUCAACGAAACGAAGAUUGCGUACCUAGAAAGUCCGACGAUCCAACAUAAUUCAUUAACCGAUACUUCUUUAGGAUCUAUAUACAGAGAAAGAACACCACCUUUUUCUAGUAAUUCUAGCAUUACUUCGAAUGGAGUUCCUUUCGGUUCUAUAGUGUCUAAAUCAAGGCCUAAGGUGAAAAUAAGAGACGACGAAAGCAUCACGAGUGCUCCUAAAUCUUUCUGUAGAUGUUACGAUGUGGAUACUACGCAAAAUAACGAGAAAUUACAAUUAACGAACACAACCAAAGGUCUCUCUUGGAGAAACUUACACAUGUCUAGAGCCAAACUUAAAGCAACAGCAACGACAUCAGAACUUCUCUCUGGUUUCGCAAUGAUUGCAAUGGUAGAACUUCAAAUAAACACACCAACAAAUGUACCUGAAUGGUUGUUCGUACUGUUUGCAGUAUGUACGACGGUACUAGUAGCGGUUCAUAUUUUUGCCCUCAUGAUUUCUACAUACAUACUCCCCAACAUAGAAGCUAUAGCUAAAUUAGAAGUUUGUGAAAUGGUAUCAGAAAGUCCCCACGAAAGAAUGAAAGGAUUUAUAGAAAUUGCUUGGGCAUUUUCUACCAUUCUUGGUCUGUUUUUAUUUUUAAUAGAAGUUGCAAUACUAUGUUGGGUGAAGUUUUGGGACUAUUCCUUCACGGCUGCCGUUGCUGCGACAGUAAUAGUGAUACCAGUUUUGAUAACAUUUGUUUUGUUUGCAGCACAUUUUUAUCAUUCUUUAGUUGUUUAUAAAUGUAAAAGUUCUAAUAGUGAUAUGGAAAAGUUGGAGAAUAUUAAGAAACAACUGGAUGAAAUUAAAAUUACGAUUUGAUUCUAUAUUUUAAUAACAACUUGGUUGUGAAACGAUUCUACUCAUUUAUGGAAUUUCUAAAAAAUGGAAUUAUACCAUUUUUUUUCUAAAAACCAGUGAAGUCAGAUAUCCGUGUAAAAAUUUAAACUGGUGUAUGUAUUGACUAUAUUGAUAUUCUAUGGACAAGACUGAGUAUUAUAGUUCUUCAACAAGAUUAUAAAACAGUUUAAUUGUAUCAAUACGAAAAAACAUGUAUAUGCUUGAAUAAACCAUAAUGAAAUAACA